AUGGAGUUAACAGAGGAUACCAAUGGCAAUACAAGUUUAUCUGAAAAGGGUAGUGAGGUAAAUAGCACUGAAUAUGCCAAAAAGACUACUAAGAGUGAAACCCAUGAGGAUGAUGUUUCUUUCAGUGAUCUAGAAGAUGAAGAUAAUGAUCUUUCUAGUAGAUCAUCUGGUAUUAGACAAAGAGAAAGUAGCACGGUUUCUUUAGCUAGUGAAGCAAGUGAUUGGGUUCAUCUUAACGAAAGAAAAGCAAACCAAUCAAGGCAUUAUUCAAAAAGUGAAGAAUCAAGUGAUUGGCAAGCUGUAGGGGAUGUUUCUGAUCUCAGGAAGAACCUAAACAUAAUAAAUUCUACAGUAGAACAGACCAGGGGUUCUGCUAAAUUGAAGAGAGUCAUGCAAACAAUUCUUUCAUUAGGAAAUGCAUUGAAUCAAGGGACCGCAAGAGGGUCUGCGAUUAGGUUCAGGUUGGAUAGCCUGUUGAAACUUACAAACACACAUGCAAGGAACAAUAGAAUGACAUUUAUGCAUUAUCUUUGUAAGGUGCUUGCUGACAAACUACCUGAAGUUCUUGAUUUUUCUAAGGAUCUUCAAAGUUUGGAACCUGCAGCAAAGAUGCAGUUGAAAUACUUGGCAGAGGAAAUGCAAGCUAUUACCAAAGGAUUAGAGAAAGAAAAACAUGGGAUCAACAGUUUGGAGCUUCCUCUAAUUCAGCAUACACAGUUGCCUGAUCUAGAUAAACUUGUUUCCCUAUUGAAUGGUAACCCUUGUUCAGGUGAGAGAGGAUUAAAAGGAAGGAAUCUUAUAGAAUAUAAUGUUAAAAACGUUGAUGAAAUCCUCAAGCUUCUACUACAGGGUGCUGCAAAUAGGAAAGAGGCAUGA